AUGCUCCGCUGUUACCGCACGCAUCGACCGGUCGGGUCACCAACGGCGCAGCUGCCGUCUUUGUCAAGCUCGCCUCCCAUUUGGCAAACCCCAGCGAUUGCCUGUCGGCACUACCAUAGCGACUAUGGCACUGGGGCAGUGAACUUCUCUGCCUCCGCCGGUCUGGCACCAUCGCACAGCGCUUCCCAAACGUACCUGGAGUACAUGGACCGAAUGUGGAACAGCAAGUGGUUUGGCACGGUGGAUGGGAGCACGGCCGCGGCUACCACGGCGCACUUCGCUUCCGCUGACCCUUCUCUGUUCACGCAGGUGUUUCUUUCAUGUCAGCAGGCGCUGAGCAUCGAGGCGGGAACGCUCCUUUUGCUCACUGGUGCCGUCACACGCCUCUGCACCCUCUUCUUCUCGCUCUACGGGGAGCGAGCAGCUGAGCGGAUGCGACUGGCUCUGCCAGAACUGAAGAAACCUCAAGAGGAUUUCAAUCGUGUCUACUUCAAUGACUUCGCCUCCGCCAUGGAAGUGCAGAUGGCAGCGAGCGUGCUCAAGAGCCAUCGUCGCACUGUCUUUGGCAAAUAUCACACAUCGAGCCUCAAGUGCAUUGCGUCUCUUGGAAUGGCGCCAGUGAUCAUAACGGGACUCUAUCAAGUCUCCGCACUGUGCGAGAAUGUCGCCCUCGACGUGGGGGCCUCUUCCUACCUGUGGUGCAGUGCCUUGACGCUGCCUGAUCCACUUCUCGUGCUUCCCACGCUCACGUGCCUCAUCACACUGCUCAACUUCGAGCUCGCCCUGUCGAAAGAGAUCAAGACAGGCUGGAUGCGAAACGUGAUUUGGGGCGCGCGGCUGGGAUGCCUGUGCGUCGUUCCCGUCGUAUCGUCGUUCCGCUCUGGCGUGUGCCUCUACCUGAUUGGCAUGAAUGCGGUGGGCCUGCUGCAACCGCUGCUCUUGCGCUCUCCCGUCAUUCGGCGGUGGCUCCGCUUCCCCUCACCAGAGCAGGUGGCCGCCGCCACGCCGCUCCAAAGCACAACGGUACCUUGGACAGCGGUCAGAAGUCGUGCUGCAACACUACGAGAGCGUAUCGUAGCGGCGGUGGCGCCGGCAGAUGAUCCAGCAGCCGCUGGCGCGAGGGCAAAGGCAAAUGACGCUGAUGAUGAUGUAUUGAAGGCGAGCAUGACCAUUCAGUUUCCUUAUCUCAGCCAUUUACUGAACCCGCAAGUCGAUGAGCAUCAUGACCUCUUCACCAAAGCACCAAAUAAGCAGCCAAAACCAGACGUCAGAGGCCGUGCCCGCAUUACACCUUCUUCGGACCACUUGCAGGGGCAGCAGUACACCGCUUCUACGCAUCCCGCUGCUGCCGCCCCUGUCCAUGGCAGCCGCUACGCACGAGGCACAAACCCACUCAUGCGAGAAACGCCCCUGCAUCGUCAAGAGCCCUCCUCUAGCCGCGUAUCACCACACGAGGGCGGACGAGGUAGCGGCAGUAGCGGUGCCGCUGCGGCGGCUGGGGGGACACCUGGCGCGGCAUCAGCAGCUGCUGCAAAGCGUGUACCAAAACUGAGAGGGUCAACAUUCGCGUCGAGUGGUUGGAAGAGUGCCCAGCUGUCGUUUUCAGAGGAGGACUUCACUCCGUCCUACCCCGAUGGGAAUCCCUCCCACCCCUCGUCGCCAUCGUCGCAGUCGCACAAGUGA